GUGAUAUUUUUCGUCCAUACUGUUCAACCUGGAUAACUCUUAUCUCUGUUGUAAUUGUUUACCGAAUUCUCAUCACUACUCAUCCUAUACAUUGAAUAGACACAUCGUCAGUUUGUUACUAACCUCCAAUAUGAGUAAAAACUCUGGUAAUGUUUUACUUAGACCUUCCUUGAAAUUAUUUCGAUUAUUCUUAUGCGUGUAUUUCAUUCCUCAGACUUUUGGAUUCUUGGGGAAAAUUGACGAUGAGUCCGGACUUCACACAAUCCCACGCUUACGGCCUCUUGCGGCGGAACCAGACACCGUCGCAGAACCGGCUACAAAAUCGGAAGACGAAGUCACCUUAAAAGCGGACGCCUUCAUUAAAUCCCUGGAGACCUUCAACGCAAGCAAGCAGAGCCUGAAAUCCAGUGCCGGGGAUCUAGCUUCCUCCACGAAGGCCUUGCUUGAAGCGGCCGGUACCACGACGGAGGAAGACUACUAUACAACUCUUUUGAAGCACGUGAACCAACGACCCGAGAAAUUCCCCGAGGCCCAGUACCACGUUCAUGGCGGUGGUACCGGCGAGAGGGUGAACGCUACUAUCGACCUCCUUGUCCAUCGGGUAGACGGCGAGUUCUUCGCUUUUAACGCGCACCUCUCCUGGGGUCAUGAGAUUGCGUACGCGCAGCUCUGCUAUCUCGCCCAGCGAAAUGGUACUGAGCUUUUUUAUAGAGGAUUCAGCCGUCCGGUAACGCGCACCAUUGUUGUGGGUGUGGAGUUCACCGGGCUCGAAGCGAUGAAGUUCUCGUAUUAUGUUAAUCCCAAAAGCUUCAGAAGUCCGCUUACUGUAAUUGAACUAUAGAUGAUCUCCUUGAAAACGAGAAAAAUUUCUGGCUCUGAUGGGAACUAAACUGGGGGAAAAGGUCACUUGGAUCUAGAGUCCAGACUCUUAAAAACAUCGACAAGAAAAUAUAUUCUUAAUUGAUUCAAUCGGACUUUCCGUCGGAAUCGAAAGGAAAUCCAUCUAAAUCAGGAGGCUCGGCUCUUCGACUCAAGGAAAAAUCGAAUUGAAUCAAGAGUAUUUUUUCUUGUUAAUGUUAUCAAGAGUCUGGACUCUAGAUUCGAGCGACAUUUUAUUCCAAUGAACUCUGGUUCCCUCCGCGGGCCGUUCAGUUAUUACAUAAGUUAUUUAAAGGAAUGGGGUCUGAUCGCCUAGAAAACGCAAUUUAACGAGAAGAGAGGACGGGUAGGAGGCGGUUAAGACAAAUCUUACUCAAGCCUCCUUUUUGAAAAAUAUACACGUAAAAAUUUACCUUUAAAAUGUACAUUUGUAUAUUUUUUCUAACGAAAAUAACUUUUUUCGGCUAUUUUAGGGGUUUUCCGUAUAACUUACUGGAACAUUUUGGGGUAAGGAUCUAAUCAGACUCACAUGAUUCAAAAUUGAUUCAUGGUUCUGGCGGGUGCCUUACAGAGAGGAGGGAGCUCAAAAAGUCAACCAAAAAUAUCAAAAUGUUUCAUGCGAUACUCGAGCGGCCUCCUAGUUCUGUAGUGCUGUUCUGGUUCUCAUAGAAUUCUUGAAUCGAAAAAUAGGAGACAAAACUGAUUAAAUGUGUCUUUGUAUCAAUACAUGAAUUGAUAUGACUCUAAUUGGACGUAUUUAUGCUAAAAGAAACUGUGAGCAUAACUAUGUAUGUAGGUUUGCGUACAAGAUAGUUUCUUCCAGCACAAAUACGUCCAAUAUACUGACUCAGAAUCACUUUAAUUUGACCUAUUUAAAUCGAAAAGAACCAUAUACAUUCUGGCAUGAGCUCGGAGAUCCAUAAGAGUACAUGAAUGAUAUUGCUCAUGUCGCAAUGGAUGUAGUUCGUUUAAAUUCAAAUGCGUCCAAUAACUGUCUUAUAGUUGCGGAGUUUCAUUAAUUUUCUCGAUUUUCAAGUCAAAUGAUUACUGGGCGUCUCAAUUUGAACCGAAUAUAACCUAUCAGAGAAUGCAUGUAUGUGUGUAUGCGCGACUUUUGGUCCCAUUUGCUCAUCAAGUGAUUUAGAAGGCUGUGAUGCUCUUUUUUGUUCUUCAAAUCCUCAUUUUAAAUUCCAGUGUACCUCAUGUUCAGGAAAAUCAAACCAAUGAAUCAGGAAAACGAUGUUGUAUCGUUAGUUAAAACGUGUGAUCUUUGAUGUUCAUACGAGUAUGUGAUUUAUUGUCAUCUCUCUUUUAAUUAAUUUUGGCGUUUAGCAAAUGAAUGAUUGUAUCGUAUCGAAAUUUUGAAAGGCUCUUGAAAAAUAAAAGAAAAGUACACAGAA